AUGCGCGGCCUUCUUGACUUCACCACACCAUCUACACAUCACGACAAACUCCAGAUUCACACCCGCACCGAUUUCUUCCAAGUCCAACGACUGUCCGUGACAAUGCGGGCACAGAAGCGAUGUUACCACCGCCUUGAUGGCUCUAGCGCUGCUCCGUCAACCAAGCAGAAGGGACCAUCGACCCCGAAGGUGGGCGCAGCCGAGGCUGCCCCAACGUCCCCGGCACCUUCCAGCGCUGGCAACAGCCGGCGCAGCCAAAUCCCUCAGGGAGCCCCCAUCGACAUCUGGGCUGCCUUGUUUCAAGAGACACAACACUACGUCCUGCUCGAGUUCGAAUAUGGAGGAAAGACGCUGGAACGCUCCAAGGCAACGAUCGAGCAGUUGGAGAGCGUGUUCCUGCAAGUCGCCUGCUCGCUGGCUGUGGCCGAGCCCGAGCUCGAGUUCGAGCACCGGGACCUCCACUGCGACAACGUGCUGGUGAAGCCCACGGAGCAGCAGUUCGCCGAGUUCGUGCUGCACGGCCGGAAGGUCCGAGUGCGCACAGCGGGCGUCAAGGCGUCCGUCAUCGAUUACACGCUGUCGCGGACGCGCAUAGGUGGACAGGUGUACUUCACGGACCUCUCCAAGGACUCCGUCAUUUUCCAGGGAACGGGGAGCGUCCAGUACGAUAUCUACCGGAUCAUGAAGGAGCACAACGGUGACGAUUGGGAAGACUUUCGCCCGCACACCAACGUGCUGUGGCUUCACUACUUGCUGACGAAGCUGUUCCAGAAGCUGCCAAAGGACAAAGCAGGCCGCGGAGGUCUUGGGCCGUCCCCUUCUCGCGGCCGACUGGCAGCCUGGAUGGACGCGAUGCUGUCCUUCCCGUCGGCCGAGCAGUUUGUGGUGGAGCAGGUGCUUCCACACCUCGAACGCGACGCCGAGGCACCGCGCGGAGCGGCCGCACACUGAGCAGCCGCACGCCAUGCAUCUUCCGGCGCACCGCUAAGUGCGCCAUCGUGCACUUAGCGAUAUAUAAAUAUAUAUGAAAAAAGAAAAACAAAAAACAAAACAAAAAAGAACAAAAAAACGGAAAAAAAACGUUAGAUAUUUUUUUCAUGCGAAACUAUGCAUGCUUAAUUUAUGGGAAAAGAAGGUUGGUGUAUCUUUCCCACAACCUGUCAUGUACAAGGACCACCCUGUACAUGUUCAUACGCAGUUUCACCCGUUCCUUUCUUUAUCCGUAUCCUUUCCCCUCAUUGCGCUUAUAAACCCGCCAUGUGAGCAAUAAAUUGCACUGUGCGCUGUGA